AUGAGGGCAUUUCUGGUGUUAGCACUCGCCAGCGUGGCUCUGGCCAGACCCGAGGCUCCGUCCGGCUACGCGUACCAGCAGCCGAGCGCACCUAGCGGCAGCUACGGCGCCCCAGGAGGUGGAGCUGGUGGCGGCUUCGGCGGUGGCGCUGGAUUCGGAGGCGGCCACGGCGGUGGCGGCGGAUUCGGCGGCGGCGGCGCCAGCCUCGGAGGUGGUCACGGCGGAUUUGGCGGCUCGCUCGGCGGAGGAUCCGGAGGAUUUGGCGGCGGAUCCGGCGGCUUCGGCGGCGGAUCGCUCGGCGGAGGAUCCGGCGGAUUCGGCGGCAGCGUUGGCGGCGGAUCCGGUGGAUUUGGCGGCGGAUCCGGUGGAUUCAGCGGCGGAUCCGGCGGCUUCGGCGGCGGAUCCGGCGGCACCCUCAUCCAGAAGCACAUCUACGUGCACGUGCCCCCACCGGAGCCAGCGGAGAUCGCCCCCCAGCGGCAGUUCGCGCCCCAGAGCCCUGCCCAGAAGCAUUACAAGAUCAUCUUCAUCAAAGCACCCACUCCGCCAACCCCCACUGCCCCGGUCAUCCCGCAACUGCCCGCCGGUGACUCCGAGAAGACGCUCAUCUACGUACUGGUGAAGAAGCCCGAGGAUGCUCCGGAAUUCACCAUCCCCACUGCCGCUCCCACUCAGCCCAGCAAGCCGGAGGUCUACUUCAUCAAGUACAAGACGCAGAAGGACGGCGGUGGCGGUGGCGCCAUUGGUGGAGGUCUGGGAGGCCUCGGCGGCGGAGACGCCGGACUCGGCGGACUCGGCGGACUCGGCGGACUCGGCGGUGGCCACGGAGGUGACGGCGGACUCGGCGGCGGCAUCGGCGGCGGCCACGGCGGCUCUUCCGGCGGAGCCAUCGGCGGAGGCUCCUCGGGCGGCCCUAGCGGCAGCUACGGCCCACCCGGCGCCUCGGGCCCCUACUAG